UUUGCAGAGUUAGACUGUCACCACCCUUCGCUAAUUGCAGCAGGUGUGCCGCCGGGUCAGGUAAAAGGCGGAGCUGCUUUCUAACAUAACCCCACAUCUUCUUCAUACUUUUGUUGUCUUUCGUUUAUUACCACCUUUUUGCCUCACGUGCCUUAUGUUUUGGUCGCACUCAUGCCACUGUGAGGAAAAUGCAUCCAACACUUAACUUCUCAGCUCCUGACGACUCCAACCUGUCAGGUGUUGACCCCCAGAGACUACAGGAACUGAGUCACCGGUCCGUCAAAGUAAGCAUCAUAAUCAUUUUGGGUGUGAUGAUCACUUUGGGAAAUAUUGCAGUUCUCCUGGUUAUUACUUCCUCCGUGGCCGGUUGGUCAAGAAACUCUCGCUACUUUCUCCUCUCCCUCACCGCGGCAGACUCUGCGUUUGGACUGCUGGUCAUGCCCUUGAAUCUCUGGGUGAGUCUGCUAAAGGACUACACCGAAGGACCAGAUGCUCUUUGUCAUGUCGUGGCCUUUUGUAACGCCACCGUCUAUUCCACCUGCAUGUAUACACUGGCCACGAUAAGCCUGGAGAGGUACAUUGCAGUGUUUUACCCGCUGCAGUACUCAUCUCUGAUGACAAGAAAAAGGACGCUGCUCCUGAUUGCCUUCGCGUGGUGCUUCCCUCCCUUUGUACUGUCGCCAAUAUCAUUUCCAGAUGGCAUUAUAGAGGUCCAUUUUUCCACUGCAUCACUGGUCUGCAAUCCAUCCUACUCCACAAAUGUGGGAUAUUCCCUAAGUUUGACGUGCAUGAUAUUUUUCCCCUGCUCCAUCAUCAUGACUUACGCAAACCUGAGAGUGUGGUGCGCUGCGAAGAGACAGCGGCUGAAAUUGCGCAAAUACGGCUGUGCGCGUCGCAGGAGACACGAUGUGGCAUCCAGAGUGUUAGUGCCUGUGAUGGCAGCUUACUACACCUGUUGGACACCCUGCAUGGCAGCUAUGAUAUACAAUGCAGUCUCAGGGCACAGUGUACCAGAGUGGAUUGAGUUUGUGGUGGUAUGGCUGCCAACCUCCAACGGUUUCCUCAACUGCAUCUUCUACUUCUGGAUAAACCGAAGCUUCCGCAGGAAAUUCUACCUUGUCCUCCAGAGGCUGGCUCUGGCCCUCUGCCCUGAAAUGGCCGACACCCUUGGGUGUUGCAGCUCUUCAAAGACACAGUUUGUGUCAGGAAUCUUGAAUAAUAAUAACAGCGUCCAUGAGCGUUCUUCCAGUGUGUCCUCCACCUGCACACUGUUGACGCUGGCUUAGGAUGUGCAGCUCUGUUGUGGUAAAGGUGCUGCCAGUGACUCCUGUGCUGUCUUGCAUUGUCUGGAUGGGCUGAUUGAUUAAAGCUAUCGACAUAUCCCUACAUAAGGUAUCAAAAUUAGACUAAUGGGUCACAUGGGUUACAGUUCAACGGUUGAUACCAAGACAGGCUACAAUGGCAAGCAUUUGAAAUGACCACUGUACAGUUUACAUAAUUAUAAUUUCAGUUAUAUUCAUUGUUGUAAAUUUUUCUUAUUUUAUUUCAGUUUUAAUCAAUUUCCAGUUUAGAAGUAGCGUUCAGUUGAUUGGAAUACAGGCUCAAUUUAUAACUUAUUUUGACUUUUUUGUUUUACUCAGGUACGCAUUUGAUUUAUUGUCAGAGACGGCCUCUUAAACUCCCUUUUAGUCAUUUUAUAGUUAGCCAUCAACCUUGUCUGUGCCCCAGAAAUGCCUCCCAUUAUCUUGCGUCUAGUUGUAUAAUCAGUCUUUAAGUAGUGUUCGCUGUUGCACGCUCUUGUUGCUUGGUUCAGCAUAUUACACUUCAGACAUUUGAGGUUAGUCAAUUAGCUAAUCACAAGAAUCUGAUAUUUAAGCUUCUAUUCAUAUGAGGCAUCUGUGAACUAACAUCAUUUUCCGAUUGCAAGCUCUUUGAAGUAUUGAGGCCAUCUACCCCUUCUUCAAUCUGAACCAUGCGUCAAAGACCUUGGCAUAUAACAGCUGGGAGAAGUUAACCUUUAAGUCAGUGUAUGCAAGGAGAAAAGUAAUUAAGCAGCUACACUGUGGAAAGGUCACCACAUUUUUGCUGGCAAAGAGAUCACUUGGGUAACUUCUGAGUCUUUGAUUGUUUAUUUUGUGAUGUUAAGCCCAUGAUGUUCCUCUCAGUGUCUUUUACUAAAGUAUGGAUUCAUUGUUCAUGUCACCCUUGUAUGUAAUAGUUAACUGAAUUGAAGUUAACUUUCAAAAAGAAAAACUGAAAUUCGGAAAUGUUUUAGGCAGCUUAUUCUACCCUUCAGGUUGGAGCAUGGUGUCAUUGUGAAAUUUUGUGCACUGGCAAGUGGUGACCCUCCCUAAAACUUGUAGAAAUCAUUAAAAUGUGUUCAGCGUCAAAAGGUCUGUCACAAAAUUGUGAGAAAGAUGACCAACCUAAUAAUGACCUUUUGUAUGUUUGCAUUUUAUGUUUCUAAAUUCCUAAUUUUAUAAAUAAUGUACACUAACAUUUGAUAAUACAUUGGUUUGUGGAUGAUCUAUUAAAUAAAGAAUUACGCCUUUGAA